AUGGAGCGCGUUGGCGCCACCGCUGCAGCUGCAACUGCGGCUGCCGUCGCUCGCUGCACACGCCGUGUUCGCGCCCCGUUAGAUCACCUCAUCGUGGGCCCGUCCGACCCUGACCAGGUCGUGACGGCGAUACGUACAACGGAUGCCGCUAUUGUCACGUGGUACAUGCCGCUGGGGAACCUGCAGCGUGUGCUGCACCGACGCUAUGAGGCAGAGCAGUUUGGUGAACUGAUGUUUUCAUCAACGACCGCGGCGUCCUCCUUGACGGCGCGGCAAUCUCCCAGCGAAGAUGCGAAGGAUGCGCCUAGAGCUGAUGAGACCGCCCAGCUCGGCUUUGUCACCCUCAUAGCGGGGAGGAACUACCCAUUGAAGCAGACCUGGCUAGAACGCUGCUUUGACCCUGCGCCGCAUCCAACACUGAGCCUUCGUGUCGCCGUGGUGGACCGUAUUCACUGGCAACGAACCGUGUGGAUGGCAAAUUCCAUCUGCCGGAGCAUCUGUUGGGGGAGGCUGCCACAGAAAAUUUUUUCCAUCAACCUCGAUUGGCAGAAUGACGUGGCCAUCGAUGCCACAUUUGACACCGCGGCGGAUUGCUACACCGCACCCUAUGAACUACGCGUUCCCGGCCUUGGGUUUCACUUGACGCUGCAGGACACGGGGAAAACACUUUUUGACCCGACGUCACGGGUAGUGGAUGGGUUUCUUGACAAUGAGAGUGCACUGCACCGUCUGGCGCUGGCCCGCGAAGUCAACAUGCACGGCCUUGGUGGGUCUGUUUACCGACAGAUGCUCUGGAGCACCCCAUCGUUGCCGAACACUGCGGAGGUGUUGCGCUUUGACCCUGGCACACUUUUCAAGCGAUGUUUUGGUGUGGACCCUCCCGUGACGAAGCCGGUGGCGGCGUGGCUUUUGCAGGAGGUGGAGGAGACGCUCCUGUACAAAAUGGAGGGUGAGGUGGAGGAUGAGAAUGACCCCAACAGUGCCACGACAUAUGGUGACCGCUCACUGACCGAGCGUGUGCAGAAGAAGGCGAUGAACCGGUAUAACGGUUUUCGUGAUGAGGUGCGUGGAAAGGUAUACAGCGAUAUUGACGGGAAGGAACUGCCGCGGUAA